AUGCAUUGCCCAACUAUUUUCUCGUUCUUGUUGCUCUGUGGCUCAGUCAUCUCGACGCCUGUGGUACAAAGCUUGUCGCCUGUGACUUCUUCACAGCCCAAAAAACCUCCCCGCGCUUGGCCGUUUGGACUCUCGACGCCUGUGGUACAAAGCUUGUCGCCUGUGACUUCUAAACAGCCCAAAAAACCUCCCCGCUCUUGGCCGUUUGGACUCUCGACCAAGAGAGUAAAGCCACAAGGCUAUCGCGCUGUGGGAUAUUUCGGCAACUGGGACAUUUAUGCUCGCAACUUCUUCAUCACGGAUGUGCCUGCUUCUAAAUUGACACAUCUCGUUUAUUCUUUCGCAAAUGUCAACAGCACUACCGGUGAAGUGUACAUGACCGAUGAGUGGGCAGAUCUUCAAUACCAAUACCCUGGUGAUAAUCCAGACGCUGCACCAGCCAAUACCAACAACGUCUAUGGAGGCGUCAAACAGAUGUACCUCUUGAAGAAGAAAAAUCGCAAGCUCAAGACUCUGCUUGCGAUUCUAGGAUGGACCUACUCACCAAAUAUGAUCCCCGUCCUCGCCUCACCUACUCUCCGCGCGAACUUCGUCAAAAGCGCAGUCUCACUCAUGACCAACCUCGGAUUCGAUGGCCUUGACAUGGACUACGAAUACAUCACCAGCUCUACCGAAGCAACUAACAUGGUCUCCUUGCUCAAAGACAUCCGCCAAGCCAUGGACGCCGCCGCCGUCAAUGGAUCAACCCCUUACAUUCUCUCAUACGCAUCCCCAGCCGGUCCAGCGAGAUACAGCCUCAUGGACUUCAAAGGCAUGGACCAAUACCUCGAUUUCUGGAACUUCAUGGGCUACGACUACGCCGGAAACUGGGACACUCUCGCAGGUCACUCCUCCAACCUCUUCGGCGACUUGUCCAACCCCGCUAGCACACCCUUCAACACCUCCUCCGCAAUCGCCUACUACCUCACCGUCGGCUGCGUCGCUCCUUCAAAAAUCAACCUCGGUAUGCCGCUCUACGCACGCUCAUUCGCGAAAACAGACGGACCAGGAAAACCAUUCAACAACACCGGGGCGGCAGGCUCGUUCGACGAAGCCGGCACCUGGGACACAAAGGCUCUCCCAUUACCAGGUUCCAACGCCACAGUCUACAACCUGAAGCAUAUCGGCGCGAGUUACAGCUAUGAUGCGACGAGCAGGCUCAUGAUCAGUUACGAUACGACGACCAAUGCGAAGGUUAAGACGAGCUAUAUUCAGGAGACGGGACUGGGGGGCGCGAUGUGGUGGGAGGUUAGUCAGGAUAAGCAGGGAGAGGGCAGUUUGAUUGGGACGGUGGUGGAUGCGUUUGGUGGAGAGAGGAGGUUGGAUCAGAGUUUGAACAGGUUGGAGUAUCCGGAUAGUAAGUAUGAUAACUUGAGGAAUGGAAUGCCGGGUGAAUAG